UAAUAAUAAUAAUAAUAAUAAUAAUUCACCAAAAGUUACACGCAUUCCUUUCUUCUUCCUUCUAAUCUAUUCUAAUCUAAUCUAAUCUAAUCUAGGGUUUAUAAUUUCUCUUCCUUUUCCUCCUCCCCCCUCUCUUUCCUCCGACUAUGGACGGAGCCUGCAAUGGCGGCAUGUUGUAUCACGAGGUUCAGGAAUCCAAGCUCUGCGCUGUGCAUUGCGUCAACACCGUCUUACAAGGUCCUUUCUUCUCCGAAUUCGAUUUGGCUGCUCUCGCUUCCGAUCUUGACCGCAAAGAGCGCCAGAUGAUGCUUUCUGGUUCCACCACCGGUGAUUUCCUCUCCGAAGAGUCUCACAAUGUCUCCUUAGACGGUGAUUUCAGCAUCCAGGUCUUACAAAAGGCUUUGGAGGUAUGGGAUCUCCAAGUCAUUCCUCUCAACUCACCAGUUGCUGAGCCUGCGCAGAUUGAUCCUCAACUGGAGAAUGCAUUUAUAUGUCACUUGCAAGACCAUUGGUUUUGUAUUAGGAAAGUGAAUGGGGAAUGGUACAAUUUUGAUAGUUUAUAUGCAGCCCCUCAGCAUCUUUCGAAGUUUUACCUUUCAGCUUACUUGGACUCUCUAAAGGGCUUUGGUUGGAGCAUUUUUAUUGUUAGGGGUAACUUCCCUAAGGAUUUUCCCAUCUCAUCCUCUGAAGCAUCCAACGGGUAUGGUCAGUGGCUUUCUCCUGAGGAUGCUGAGAGGAUAACCAAAUCGUGCAACUCCACCCAAGCCCCCCCUCCUCCUCAAAGAGCAAACUGGACAGAGCAGCAAGAUACGUUUCUUUCAUCUGGAGAAACAGAAAUGCUAAUAGACAUGGAGGAUGAGGAUUUGAAGGCUGCCAUAGCUGCCAGCCUUAUGGACUCCUCAGCAGUCAUGGCAGCAGGAGUUGCUAACCCUCCAAAUGAACCUGUAGUUUCCUCCACCCAAGCUGGCUCCCCUCAGAAUGUACCUGCUGUUUCUCUUGAAACUGCCAACACCCAAGAUGUACUCGCUGUUUCCCCAAAUGCCUCCAUCCUCCAAGAUGUUACUGCAGUCUCUACAAAAGCUGCCACUCUGCAAGAUGUACCUGCAAUUUCAGCCAAAGCUGCCUCCCCCCAAAAUGUACCUAAUGUUUCUCCUGAAGCUUCCACCUCCCAGGAUGUACGUGCACUUCCUCCCGAUGCCGCUGAUACCCCUCAAGAUUUACAUGCAGUUUCCACCACCAAAGCUGCCACCCGCAAUGAUAAAUCUGCAGUCUGCACGGAAGUCGUCAUUCAUCAAAAUGAGUCUGGAAAUGAAUCUGUAGGCAAUGCAGACACAGCCUUCUGUGAAAGCGGAUCUGCAGAUAAUACAGAAUGUGCCAUUUCCAGCCCUCGAAAGAAAAUUAGUCGUACGAACGAGGGAGCUGCGUGAGGAAGAAUACUUUCUGCCUUGAAUAUGAUUUUUGGUUCAAGACGGACAAGAACCGGAUAGGCUCAUAAACAAGAAUAAGAGAGUUUUGAGGAGAAUGGGAACCCAGAUCCUUAUUGAAGUUGAGGUUAGCUAGUAGCAGUCGAAUUCUCAUGCUUUACAAUGGUUCUGUGCAGUGUAACUAUUUUCAACUUUUUUAAUUUUCAGAUUGAUAAUGUAUAAACUUUUAAAAAAUAAGCCGUCGCUCGGCCCGGAUUGUCACAACUGUUCGAUUUACACAGCUGCAUUUGUCUUCGAAAA